CAUGUGAAUUGGACCUGGUAUAAAAAUUCAUGCCAGGAACACAGUUUUGCCUAUAGUUGGCAUAAGUUGUGGAAGCUUUGGAGGAAGUGUAGCCUGAAAGGCGUUACAAGCAAAAAAUGUUUGUUCUGUUUUAAGGAAUUCAUGAACAAGUGGCUAGUAUUGCUUUUCCUGUUCCGUAAAAAAAUAACUUCAAGUCCUGAAGAAAGAACAAGAUCUCAGUGAAGCUCUGAACUGGGAGGAGAAAACUUUGGCAUUGUAGGAUUAAUAUCAUAAAAAGACAUUUAGUCCAGGAGCAGGCUCAAGUGGGUGGCAGUCCUGAGGGAUUUCAGCAAGUGUGCUCUCCAGUACAGCAGGGCCAAGGAGAAGGCUGUCUCCCAGCAGUACAGCCACAGACAUUGGCCCAUGGUCAGCAGCCUUAGGGGGUAGGUGCAGAGCAUAUCCAGCAGCAGAAUCAAACAGUGCAAGGAGGCAUGGCCCUAAACAUGAAACCACAACAAGUGGACAAGGGGCGGGAGGCCCUGGAAGUGACUGUACAGGUGAGGCUUCAGAAAUUGGGCGAGGGAUGGGAAGCUCCAGAGAUGACAGUACAGGUACAGCCUCAGAAGCUGAGCCCACAGUGGGAGAUGCCAGAUGUGACUGUACAGUUGCAGUUAGAGCAGCAGGGCAAAGAAACAGCUCUCCCGCAAGUUACUGUGCAGGUACAGCCAAAGGUGCAGAGACGAGGAGGAACUGAUCUCAAGGUCACUGUACAGAUGCACUUUGGCUGUGAGCCGAAAAAGGUGAGCUGUAUGCAGGACCAAGGUGAGGAAAUAUUAGAGAACGGAGAGCAGCAGACACUAAAUGAAAAUCAAGGAGAUUCAAUAGCAAGAUCUGAAGGCAAGAGAGAACUGGCUGUGAUGGAGUUGGUUCCACAGGGAGCUCAUAGCCAAAAGCAGGAUCAAGAAGGAAAGGUGUUAAAAUUCCAGCAUGGACAAAGCCAAGAAGAUGGGAGAGAAGAAGUAACGGAGAUGCAGGCUGAAAACAAAGCAGGCCUGCACGUUGAGGUGACAGAUCAGCUAUAUGAUCAAAACCAAAAGGAGGAAGAGCUGAAAGCAGACCUAUCACUGCAGCAGGAAAGUCAAAGAGAUACAAAGAUGGAACAGGGCCAAGGUGAUGGCCAAGAAGGCCCCAAAGGGGUGACUGAAGAUCAACAAGAAGGCCAGGAGCAAGUGCUUAGGAAGCGCCCACGAGAGACUCCAAAUUACUUUGUCUCUAUACCAAUAACAAAUGACCAGAUUUUGGAUAGAAUUGAAGAUGUCCAAGAGCUCAUAUUCACAAAGGAGCCUGACUUGUUGAGAGCUUUUAUUCCUGUUCAGACUAUGCACCUAACUGUAGUUGUUGCUCAUCUGGGAACAGAAGAAGAAGUAAAAAAGGCUGUUUUGGCACUGAAGCAAAGCAAGACCAAAGUGGAAGCCAUUUUGCAGGGUAAAGACCUUAUUAUGACAUUUCACGGGAUUGGACAGUUUAACAAUCAAGUGAUAUAUGUGAAAAUGUCAGAGGAAAAUCGGAAAAUGCUCUGCAGAAUUGCAGAAGCUGUGGAAAACUCUUUUAAUGAAAUGAAUCUCGACAUUUCAGGGAGCAAGGAUUUCAAACCACAUCUCACUUUUUUAAAGCUCUCCAAGGCACCAAGACUGAAAAGAAAGGGAUUCAGAAAAAUUUGUUUGGAUCUGUACAAAGAAUAUGAAGACAGUUACUUUGGCACAGAGGUCUUCAGUCGAAUUGAUCUCUGUGCCAUGCGCAAGAAGAAACAGGAAUCUGGUUACUAUUACUGUGAAUGUUCAAUUCAUGUGGGCUCCAGAGGUGCAGAAGAGAGCAAAGAACAAGGAAUGCAGACAGAAGUUGUGAAAGCAACAACCAGUGAAGCCCCUUCAAGUGCUGCUGGGGCUGAAACAAAAGUGACUGCUGUGAGCUGUAACCAUGCCUUGCAUUCAGUAGUAGCUGGCGAUAAACCAUCUGAAAACAUUGCUGAGGCUUUAAUUGUGAGUGAAGAGAAAGAAAUCAGUGAGAUGAAUGGACAACCUGAAGGCACAGAUGAGACUUCUCUUGCAUCUGAUGAAGUCUGCUCAAAGUUGGUACAUGGCCUGUUGCUGAGUGUGGAAGAAGGACAAGAAAAAGCCAAUAUUAUAGAUGGUAGUCUGCAGGAAACCGAAGCAAUGGAAUCUGCACCUGAUGUGCCAACAAGUUCAGGAUGAAGUUAUUAUAGCUCUUUGGAUCUGGUCCACCUUUGGUGAUGGUGAAGGAAGGCAAGUGGUGUGGCACAGAACUGGGGAAGGAGGUAGGGACAGUGAAUUUUUGACAAGAAAAAGACUUUCUUGGAGACUGACAGAACCAGAAGUAGAAAAAAAGCUCAGAAAAUAUCAUAGAAUACUGUGUCCAAAUGGUGAAAUGCCUGGGUCUAAAGAAAAACAAGCUGCAGGUGUCUAUGUUUGCACCAAAAAGAUAAAUUUGUCUGGAGCAUACAGGGUAAAGCAGAAGCUAUGCACUGAAGCCAAAGCAGAUGUCAGAAACGUGUGUUUCAGAAGCAGAGGUUUCCGCCUUGGUCACAUCUCUUCCCCCUGCCCCUCUGCCUUUACCUUCUCUGUGCUGGCAGCUCCCGGCUCUGCCCUCUCCCAGGAGUGCACACAGCUGCUCUGGGUUAAGCAAGGUUCUGCGCUGUUCCUGUGACAAUCAUGCCUGCAAAUUGUAGGGCUUCAGUUGUUGAUGUGCUUUUGUGAACUAUGUGGUUUAGUUCCACUAGUAGCUACUUAAUGCAAAAAUGUUGUCUGACUUAUGGAAAUGGAUUGUUUUAUUGCACCACAAGAUACUGUAAUACUAAGUAUUUUUCCUUACAGGUGAGCUGUUAAGGACAGGAUGGGUGAUCCAUAAUGAACUAAUUGUGUAAAAAGCCUUGGAGCAGAUGAGGCACCACAGCCUUUCUGUAAAGCUUUCUCUCUUUUCUCCCUCCGAAAUGUCAUGGUCCUGGGACAGAACAAAACAGAACCGCAUUCAUUUCUGACAGGAUGAGAUUAAGGGCUUUGUGCCGCUGCUGGGGCUGAAGCCUUUUUGCUUUUUUUGCAUGUUAUCAUCCGAAGCUGCACAUCCGUGCUGGCGGCUCCCGGGCAUAGCAGGACAGGGCCGGCAGGUGGCACUGCGGGAGAGCGGCGGCACCGGGAGCGGAGGGACAAGCUGCCCUGCUACGUACAUGGGGCUUGGGCAGCUCCGGAGGGGCAAUGGAGGCGGGAAAGGUGGCGAAGAGCCUGGAAAAUGCUGGGCAUCCCGUUCUGCUCUACCCGAUUAUUUAAAAAUGAUGUUGGUUCUUGAAAAGCCUUAUUUUUUCAGGGAAAUAUGUGCAUUGUGAUGGGAGAAGUGUAGUAGUUCUUCAGAAGAAAAGUAUCAGGAAUAUUGUGUUUGGCUUCCAUACAUGGUGCACAGGAAUAUGGCUCUGGGCAGAGCAUCCAGUGUGCACUCUGUUAAACUAACAUUGUGAAAUUAAGCUGUCCAGCUGGUUACUGGCCGUGUGAUCCUGGAUGUGUGCCCUGGUUGUGGGGAACGGAGGGCAGCCAGAUUUGGGGGUUGGUGUUGAGUGGGAGGACAGAGCUGGCUCUGCAUGCAAUAACCGCUUUGUGCUCUGCACUGAGGUUUGGAGCAGUGCUUGGCACAGCAUUUAUUUGUCACUCUGCUGAAGGUUGUGCACUUCUGAAAGCCUGUCCCCCAGUGGUCUUCUAAAUGCAAAUCUGAGAGCGGCUAUUCACCGCUGCUCUGAGGUCUUCAAAAUGCGGCUCAACUGCACAAUGCUAGAGGGAAGGCUUUGAGAUUAAUUUCAGAGAGUAGUUACCAGCAAGGCUCGUAAUUCUCUGCAUCAGCACACUGGGGACAAAACUGUUUUCCAGAAAACUUUGCCAUAAACACUGUUUCCUCAGUGUGUUUAAUGAUUCCCUAAUUGGGCAGAGGAUUGGUAGAGUCAUUCAUCUUGUAAACCUAAGUGGAUUCAAUGGCCUAGGACGGAGCACACUUUACAGUGAGCUGUACUUGUUCUUGUUGAAAAUGUUAAUUAUCUUUUUAUAGACAGAUGGCACUGGAGUGUAGCAAAUGUGUGGUGAACCUGUGUUCAGAAACGUCUGGGUGUUAAAUGCCUACAGAUUCCAAUUUAAGUUUAAUUCUGUUUUAGGAAUUUUGUGAUUCUUGCAGGGUAAUUAAUAUCACUUAUCUUAAGAGUAUAGUAGCCUUGUUUUGGUAUAUUAAGUUAAAGUAAACACUUAAGUUAUAUUGCUACAAUUAAUCUUCAUAAUUUAAAAUAGUGCUUAAAACAAAAUGUCUACCAAAUAC